AUGGACACAGCGCGGGACAUCGGCACCUUCGUGGUGUGGGACUACGUGGUGUUCGCCGCGAUGCUGCUCAUCUCGGCCGCCAUCGGCAUCUACUACGCCUUCGCGGCGGGCGGCCAGCAGACCUCCGAGGAAUUCCUGAUCGGCGGCCGCCGCAUGACCGCGCUGCCCGUGGCCUUCUCGCUCACCGCCAGCUUCAUGUCGGCAGUCACCGUCCUGGGCACCCCGGCCGAGGUCUACCGCUUCGGGGCCAUUUUCAGCAUCUUUGCCAUCACCUAUUUCUUGGUGGUCGUCCUCAGCGCGGAGAUCUUCGUUCCCGUGUUCUACAAGCUUGGAAUUACCAGCACCUACGAGUAUUUAGAACUUCGAUUUAACAAAUUUGUUCGUCUCUGCGGAACUCUCCUCUUCAUUAUUCAAACAAUUCUGUAUACUGGAAUUGUUAUUUAUGCCCCUGCCCUGGCUUUGAAUCAAGUCACAGGGUUUGACCUGUGGGGUGCAAUAGUGGCGACAGGAGUAGUCUGCACGUUCUACUGCACAUUGGGUGGUCUGAAAGCAGUUAUCUGGACGGAUGUUUUUCAAAUUGGGAUCAUGGUGGCUGGAUUUCUAGCUGUGAUUAUACAGGCUUCUGUGACUCAAGGAGGAAUUGGGGCCAUCCUAGAUGAUGCAUACAAAGGUGGAAGAUUAAAUUUCUGGAAUUUUAAUCUUAACCCUUUGCAAAGACACACAUUCUGGACAAUUAUUAUAGGAGGUACCUUCACGUGGGCCAGCAUCUACGGUGUCAACCAAUCCCAAGUGCAGAGAUACGUUUCCUGUAAAAGCAGAUUCCAAGCAAAAAUGUCUCUCUACGUCAAUCUUUUGGGACUCUGGAUAAUCCUCGCCUGUUCAGUGAUUUGUGGGCUUGCCUUAUAUUCUAGAUAUCGCGAUUGUGAUCCUUGGACAUCCAAGAAAGUGUCUGCACCAGACCAGCUCAUGCCUUAUUUGGUACUGGACAUUCUGCAAGACUAUCCGGGGCUUCCUGGACUUUUUGUGGCCUGUGCUUACAGUGGAACAUUGAGCACAGUGUCAUCCAGUAUUAAUGCCUUAGCCGCAGUGACUGUAGAAGAUUUAGUGAAACCUCGCUUCAGGUCACUCUCAGAAAGAUCGCUGUCUUGGAUUUCCCAAGGAACAAGUGUGCUGUAUGGAGUGCUGUGUAUUGGAAUGGCUGCACUGGCAUCACUGAUGGGAGCUUUGUUACAGGCAGCACUCAGUAUUUUUGGCAUCAUCGGUGGACCGCUUCUGGGCUUGUUUACUUUGGGCAUUUUGGUUCCCUUUGCCAAUUCAAUUGGAGCAUUUGUCGGUCUGCUGGCUGGAUUUGCCGUUUCUCUGUGGGUUGGCAUUGGAGCUCAGCUGUAUCCUCCACUUCCCGAGAGAACUUUGCCAUUAAGCCUGGGAACCUAUGGCUGCAACAGCACGUACAACGGGACAAACUUGAUGACAACCACAGAAAUGCCAUUUUCUACUAGUGCUUUCCAAAUAUACAACACUGAGAGGACUCUACUGAUGGAUAACUGGUAUUCCUUAUCAUAUCUAUACUUCAGCACUGUUGGAACUUUGGUAACGAUAUUUGUUGGGAUAAUUAUUAGUUUACUAAAAGGAGGAAGAAAACAGAACAUAGAUUCCAGAUUCUUACUAACCAAAGAGGACUUUUUAUCCAAUUUUGAUAUUUUUAAGAAAAAGAAGCGUGUUUCUAACUAUAAAUCUCAUCCAAUGGAAGAUGGUGGAACUGAUAAUCCUGCCUUCAACCAUAUUGAAUUGAAUGUAACGGAUCAAAAUGGCAAGGUCAAUGGAACUCAUUUGUGA